GCUGACCCGGCUGGACGAAUACAAGGCCAGGAUCACGUCCACCUUCGGGUCCAUCUUGAAGAUGGACUCCACCAAGAAGGUGACGAAGAAGCUCGCAGGUGCCGCCUCGGACACGGCCGCCUGGCUGACCAACGUGGAUAACCAGUACGGGCAGGUCCUCAUCAGCGUCCUCACCUGCUCUGAGGGCUCCGAGGGCCUGUCCAGGACGGCGGCCGGACUGAUGAGGCAGUACCGACUUACCGGGUUACCUGCCCCCCCAGCUCAUUUAUGUGGACCGUGACUGCUGCAACCAGGAUGGCUAGCAGGUGCCGGCUCGGACACAGCCACAUGGGUGACCAAUGUAGUCCGAGCUGGGGGGGAAGCACGGGAUGGUCGGCCUGAUGGACGCCGAGGUGAUCCAGCGGAUCUCCAGGGAGGAGUGGCGGCUCCACUGCAGACAGAGGACGCAUGGAGCUGAGGAGACUGCGCUCCUCAUCCAGGACCUCCUCGACACCUUCGGCGGACCAGCAGGACGCGACACCCUGGACGUCCCGUUGCUCGAUGAUCUCCGCAUCCAGAACAUCUGGAGCAUGCAGAGGCGCCACCUCAGCUGCAUUCAGGACCCACCGGGGUUGCGGCUUUACACCAAAACCGGCAGGCAGACCAAAGGCGGGGUCAGCCUGCCGGUCUAUUGCUGCGCGAGGGUCUCCACAUCUCUGGAGUCCUUCCACCUCCACUGGUCCAUCCCAGAUGAACGACUGGUGACGCCUCUGCACUCCUACAGUGGCCACUUCAAGCACGCCCUUAACCUGAAGAGCCAAAGAGUGCUUGGCCUUCAGAUGCUCAUCGGGGUGGGGUACCUGUACCAGCAGACGGGUUGCAUGCUUGAGGAUGUCAGCUUGGACCCUGACACUCCAGACGAGGCUGCUGCUGUCACCGCGCUGGAGGAGGUGGACGAGGGUAUAGAGGAAGAUGUGGAGGACCCCACCAUCUUUGGGCCAGCUACCCUCUCCACCCGUGCAGCAGCUCGGUCAGGUGAUCCAGCUGACGCUCCCAGGUCUGAGCCAUCCAGUCCGGCCGCCCCUACCUGA